CCAGAAGCAGUGAGACAACAACAACAAUAUAGAGAGAGAAAGUGUGUGCUUAUAUACCAUAUAGAGAGAGAAAGUGUAGAGGAGAGAGAGAAACACGGGGGGAGGGGGGAGGGAGGGGGCAGCACAGAGGAAGGAGAAGAAGCUGGCUGGGGCAUGGAAGGGCUGGCCAUGUUGAGGCAGCUCAUCGGACAAGUUCAGGAGCUCUUGGAACUCUACGGUUCUUCACCUUAUCACCACCAUCUUCAAGCACUUCAACUACCACUACCACCACCGCCACCACAGCACCACCACAGAUGGUGCCUCUUAGAUCUUGAUGAUAGCUCUCUGGGAGAUGGUUAUUACAGUCUUAUAAGAAGUGCUGGAAAACCAGGAAGCUUCAGGAUGUUGGAACCUUGCAAGCCUCCACCUGCAAAGAAAUCUCGAAAGGAGAGGAAUCGAGGAAAAUUACCCACUGCCACUAGUUUGACUGAGAAUAUGGAACAACAUAUUUGGAAAGAAUUUCCAGAAGACCUUUAUGAAGCUGUCAUUGCUAGACUCCCCAUUGCCACAUUCUUCCAAUUCCGGUCUGUUUGCCGGAAGUGGAAUUCCUUGCUUACCUCCCACAGUUUCUCCGAACAAUGUGCACAAAUCCCACAGGCCCAACCCUGGUUUUACACUAUCUCUCAUGAGAAUGUUAAUACAGGAGCUAUGUAUGACCCUUCCUUGAAGAAAUGGCACCACCCUACAAUCCCUGAUUUUCCAACAAAGUCAAUUGUCUUGCUAGUCGCUUCGGCUGGGGGUCUUGUGUGCUUUCUUGACAUUGGCCACACUAGUUUCUAUGUUUGCAACCCUCUCACUCGGUCGUUUAGAGAGUUGCCAGCUAGGUCAGUAAAGGUCUGGUCCCGAGUUGCUGUGGGAAUGACACUCAAUGCGAAAUCGACAAGUGGGGGCUAUAAGAUCCUCUGGGUUGGUUGUGAUGGAGAGUUUGAAGUGUAUAACUCCUUAAGUAACUCUUGGAUUCGCCCAGGAAGUAUGCCUUCAACUGUUAAGCUACCAUUAUCACUGAAUUUCAGGUCGCAAGCGGUGUCCAUUGAUGGAACAAUUUACUUCAUGCGAUCAGACCCUGAUGGGAUUGUGUCCUACAAUAUGGUUACUGGGUUUUGGAAGCAAUUUCUAAUCCCAGCUCCCCUACAUCUGAGUGACCACACGCUUGCAGAAUGCGAGGGGCGAAUCAUGCUUGUAGGGUUGCUGACGAAGAAUGCUGCCACAUGCGUGUGCAUUUGGGAGUUACAGAAGAUGACUCUCUUAUGGAAGGAGGUUGACAGAAUGCCAAACAUCUGGUGCUUGGAGUUUUACGGAAAGCACGUUAGGAUGACUUGCUUGGGUAACAAAGGUUUACUCAUGUUAUCGCUGAGGUCAAGGCAAACGAACCGGCUGGUUACCUACAAUGUAUUGACCGGGGAAUGGCUGAAGGUUCCUGGGUGCAUGCUGCCACACGGGAAGAAGCGACAAUGGAUAGCGUGCGGCACUGCAUUCCAUCCAUGCCUGACUGCUUCAGCUUGACCCUUUUGUAUAUCCAGCAGCAUUGCCACAUCAAGUGCGUAGUUUCUCUCAUUUGGUGUCGGUACUAUCCUUAGUUGGCUGCAAGCUUUUGCCACCACUGUGUGUGCAGCCCAAUUUUCGCUACUAUGAUGAUGUACAAGAUCCCUAUGGGAGUAUAAUGAUUAUGGUUUACUCCAUGUGUACAAACAUCUAGAUGUAAACUUUCAUUUUAGAUGAAGACUUCAAAAAUGCUUAUUUUGCAGUAA